UUCCUCCCGUCCAGCUCGACGGCCGGCGCUUCUUUGCGACCGAUCCCCUGGCAGGGAGGGCGUGCGCUUGCUUUCUCCUCUUCUCAAGUGGCUACGACUCGGUUUUUCCCUCGUUCCCUCCCAGGGUUUUUUUUCCUGGGCCAGGCUUGGCUUUGUAAGAAGCGCACUCCCGCUCCCCAGCCGCGCUUUUAGGGUAGGUUGCGAUCCUGAAGGAUCCUGAAGGUGCGCCGAGGGAGCCGAUCCCAACGGAACAUAGAGGACACUUUGCCCGGGACCAAGUGCAACGAGUGACUUCGAGGAGGAAAAAGAAAUCCUGGAGACUUGCGGAAGCUAUCAAAGAAAAAUGCCAACAAAACCACACACGGCUGGAACGUAAUCAUGUGUACAGAGAAAGUCCCUUGAAUUGUCUGAAAGGUUCCAAAUGUUGUCUGAAAUGCUAAGGAGGAAACUUCGUCACUGUGGUAUCCUACGGUUUAAGCCUCUUUGGGUGUUAGUUUGUACAGUUGGAAUCUGGUCUUAUAUUAUAGUUCACCAGAAACCAACCUACCAAGAUUAUGAGCAUUUGAAACUGACUGGUGAACAUCCUAAUACAGUAAACUGUUCCAAGGUAUUAAAGGGUGACACAGAGGAAAUUCAAAAAGUAAAGCUUGAGUUGUUAACAGUCUCCUUUAGGAAAACCCCCAAAAUGACUUCAAAUGACUAUAUCAACAUGACAGUUAAUUGUGCCUCCUUUAUUAAGAGGCGGAAAUAUAUUAUGGAACCUCUUAGCCAAGAAGAAGCAGAAUUUCCCAUUGCAUAUUCAAUAGUGGCUUAUCAUAAAAUUAAUAUGCUUGAGAGACUUCUGAGAACCAUCUAUGCUCCUCAAAACUAUUACUGCAUUCAUGUUGACAAAAAGUCCCCAGAGUCUUUCUUGGCAGCUGUAAAAGGGAUUGCAUCAUGUUUUCACAAUGUCUUCAUUGCCAGCCAAUUGGAAAAUGUAGUGUAUGCAUCAUGGAGCCGGGUACAAGCUGACCUCAACUGCAUGAAGGAUCUCUACAGGAGGAAUGUUAGCUGGAAGUACUUGAUCAAUCUCUGUGGCCUGGAUUUCCCAAUCAAGACAAAUCAAGAAAUUGUGGAGAAGUUGAAAGCCCUCAACGGUGAAAAUAGUUUAGAAACGGAAAAAAUGCCUUCAAACAAAGAGGUGAGGUGGAAGAAACAUCAUGAGGUAGUUGAUGACAAGGUAAAAAAUAUGGGGAUAGACAAACAGCCUCCACCUCUCAACACACCCAUUUUCUCUGGAAGUGCCUAUUUCGUUGUUACUAGGGAAUUUGUGGAAUAUGUAUUAGAGAACAGCAAAAUUCUUGCUUUUAUAGAAUGGGCUAAAGACACGUACAGUCCUGAUGAAUACUUAUGGGCUACAAUUCAGCGAAUCCCUGACGUUCCAGGUGCAGUGCCCGCCAGUGACAAAUACGAUGUUUCUGAUAUGAAUGCCGUUGCCCGGUUUGUGAAGUGGCAUUACUUUGAGGGGGAUGUAUCCAAGGGUGCUCCUUACCCACCUUGCAGUGGAGUUCACAUCCGUUCUGUAUGUGUCUUUGGAGUGGGAGACUUGAGUUGGAUGUUACGGAAACGUCAUCUUUUUGCCAACAAGUUUGAUACUGACAUCGAUCCUUUUGCAAUCCAGUGUCUGGAAGAGCAUUUACGAGACAAAGUGCUACAACAACGUAGACACUGACAUGCAGUGUUUUUUUUAUGGUACACGUCUUUCUCAUUUGAUUAAAUUGGCAGAAAAGAGAUGGAAAAUCCAAUACCGCCUUUUUGUUUUUAAACAAAGCUUGUAGGGUGAUUAGCUGAUUGUGUCCCCUGAGCUUUCUUAAUUCUAUUUUUUUUUCUAAAAUAGUUCUAUUACAAAAAUUCUCUUGCAAGAGGCCCCACAGGAUUUUAGGCAUGAAACAAGAUUCUCCAGCUUACAACUGAAAGACACUCUGUUCACCUCUCCUCCGUAUCUUUUAAAGAAUUCUAUUAGAAAUCAAAUAAUCUCAAUCCUUAGUUUGUGUAGCCACUAAGACUACUUUCCUUAGUGGAAAAUGGAUAAUUUUGAGGACAGUAAGGAGACAGAACUAAGUAGUCACGGUGGAAAAGAUAAUAAGAUUAAGAGAAAUUUAUGAGAUUAUGAAACAGGAAUUUGAAGUAUAUUUAUAUCUCUUAUAGUCAAAUUACUGAAUUCUGCCUCCCCCCCACCUUUCAAAUUGUACCAGCAAUAUUUACAUAUACACAGCAAUAUUUAUAUAUACACAAAACACAUGGAAGUUGUUUUUUUCUAAGCUUAAUUUUUUGGAUAGAGACUAUUCUUCAGUUUUGUAUAGAAAUUUUGUCUACAGAAAUGUAGCAGAAGCCUCCCAGUUAAAAUAUUCUCAGGGAAAUAAAAUGUAUGCCUGUUUGUGUUCAUUUUAAUAUAACUUGAUAGCAUUUA